AUGCGUGUGCAAAAGAGCAGUGCAAUCUUGCAUGGCGAAACAGCAGCCCUAGAGAACGCAGGCCGUCUCCCAGCAUCAGCAUACAAAGGCUCCACCAUGUACACCACUCUGUCUCCCUGCGAUAUGUGCACCGGAGCUUGCAUUCUGUACAAAGUAUCCCGCGUCGUCAUGAGCGAGAACAAUGCUUUUGUCGGCGGCGAGGAACACCUCCGUUCCAAGGGUAUAGAAGUAAUCAACCUGAAAGAUGCCGAAUGCGAGCAAUUGAUGAAAGACUUCAUCAAGAACCAUCCAGAAGACUGGUAUGAAGAUAUCGGCGAGGACAAAUGA